AUGUCCACAGAAAACAAGUAUAUGCUUGUAGAGGUGUGUCCACAUAAACCCAGUGAAAGGGCAACUGAUGAGGAAAUCCAGGCUUACCUGAAGUCGAUUAAGGCUGAUGAGAUGGCGCGGUGUUACAUUUUGGUAUCUAUGUCGAAUGUUCUGCAGAUUGCUGUGAAGGAACUUAUGAAUACUACUAUGGCAGGGGGGACCCUAGUAAAGGAUCGUGUUCUGAAGAUGAUUGGUCUUCUCGAUGAGCUAAAGAUCCUUGGAGCUGAAAUCCAUGGGUUUUUCUUGAACUACAACAUGAAUAAGCUCUUUUACUUAUUAAUAGAACUACUUAAAGAGCUUCAAGCAGCUAAGGGCCUCAUCAGGAAGCCAACUAUUACUCUUGUGACUAAAAAAGGUUCUACUUCUAGGCCAAAAGGCCGAAAGAAGUAG